UGGCGUUUUAGGGCGCGCGUUCAGUGUGUGUGCGUAGGACGACCCCGGGCCAGCGUGUGGGGUAUUCGCGGGCCCGCGGGUGGCCGGUAGGUGAGCGAAACGCGCCGAAUCGAGUGUUGCGCGAUCGCCACGCGACGUCAGCCGAGACCUCGUGUGGAGCGCGCCUCGCAUGUUGAUGCAGCGACGCCCCGCCCCCGCUGCCCCUCUCACAACCGCAACGCCGUGCCGGCUGAGCCGCGCACGGUCGCUGUUUAAUGGGAGCCGCCGGUUCCCGAGUUCGAGACCCGGCCGGCCCUACGGCUCCGGAAUGAUCGUUCACCCUUCCAACACGCACUACAGGUUGUGUGUUUGCCCGUGGACUUUCCAGUUGCGCUGUAAAUACAUGUAGCACCGCGCGGACGGGUUGUAGUGUACGCGUGAAGCGUGCUUCUGAAUUUCAAUACAGAAAGAUUCGUGUCGUUAGGAUGUAGUAGGUAUCGUUUUGGGUUUUUACAUCAGCAGGUUUGUGGGACCAAGUUUUUAGGAGGUGUGUAAACAAAAGGGUGGGGUAUAUAUCAUUCGAUUAAUACACCCGGUGGGAGAACUCGUUUUAAAGCGGAAAGGAACUUGUGAAGUAAAACGUGACUGAACUGUGAAAAUGUACACAUGUAACUCUUGAAGUAGACAAACAGACAAGUGAAUAAACUUUAUAGUUGUCAAACGGAAGGAACGGUGAAGUGUUAAACUAAAACUCAAGUUGAUCUGUGAUGACCUGUCGGUGACAACGCCGCGAUGGCAGCCAGCAGUCACCAUCAUCAUCACCAUCAUCACCACAAAGACAAAGACAAGGACGAUGCUGGCCACAACAUCCAUGGGACACCAAUCAUCUCCUGGAAUAUUUUGGAUGAUGAUGAUAGUGAAAUUAUAAUCAACAGCGGUUAUUAUAUCAACAGUAUUAACAUUAGCGACCUCCAACUAGAAGCGCCCCAUUCGGCACGUCAACAAGUGGUUAAACAGAGCAACACCAACUAUCGAACUCCUGCUCAGAAAGAUUGGACCGCCACCCGGGAAACGUAUAAAAAACGACGAGAAACGAUCGCGGAAAUGAGAACAAAUUGA